ACGUGAGGAACAAGGCUGUCCCUAUCCAACACAUACAUUCAGUUUUGGUCGUCUUCCCAAUUUCCUUUCUCAUCCAGAAAAAUAAAAAACCCUUGAAUUGAUGCCUUGAUCCCAAUUCCACACAUAAUGAGUAAUUACCAGAGAGCACCCCAAGAUCCCUAUUAUCCUCCUCCAGGCUAUGCCCCUCCUUAUCCCCCACAACAGGGUUACCCGCCACCGGGUUACCCGUCAGCGCCGCCGCAGCCUCCGCCGGGGUACUCGCCGUACCCGCCGCCGCCGCAGUACGAAGGUUACCAAGGCUAUUUCAAUCAAGGGUAUCCUCCUCCACCUCCUCCCAAUUACCACUGCCACCACGUUCAGCAUGAUAACCCCGGUUUUACUUCCUUCUUCCAAGGCUGCUUGACAGCAAUUUGCUGCUGUUGUUUGCUAGAGGAGUGUUGCUUUUUCUGAUAAUCAUAUUAAAAGUUGUAUCUGCAGUUUGGUGUACUUGGUUGGUUAUGGCUCUCUGGAUAAAUGUUGCUCUAAUUGUCUUACUCAUAUGUGCGGGACCUGGCAAGUGUUAGUCAUUCUUGUAACUCUUAGUCUUUACCGUUGCCCUCACUCAUUUCUGGGUUGUUCAUACAUUGUGAUUUCAUCUUUGUAUGAGUGCAUAAUGUAUAUUGGAAAUUGUAAAAAACAGUCAUUUUAUGUGGAAUAACAAACUAAUAUACUAGUCUUACAAGGCUUGAACAUGAUUGCUUCUAA